UUGCCUUCACUCUUUUCCCCCCCUUGAGGUGUGAAAUCUAUCUUCUCAGACAGAGACUCUGAACCCCUCGGUCCCCGCAUGACAUGGUUCAGUCCAGCUGCGAGAUCCGAGCCUCCUCCAUGCAUUGGGAUUUUUCUCAGCACCGACACCGAGUGAAUCUCCCUUUUCUGACCAUCUGAGAACUAUCGUGCCUGCGAAACCACAGAGGAAAGAAAAAAAAAAAAAAGCCCUGCCAUGACCGCCGCUUCAAACCGGGACGGAGCUGCUACAGGACUUGCGAGGAGACCGGAAUGCGCAUGCAGGACCAGGAAAGGGGACGGAAUACGGAUUUUUGCUCUAAUGAAGGCGGGAGUGCAGGCACACCAUUGGAGCCGGGUGCUGUUCUUAUAUAUGGGGCUACUGGCCGCCUCAGUAAAGGCUCAGAACUGCAGUUACACACUACACAGUCCCAAUGGGACGAUAGAGAGCCCUGGCUACCCUUACGGUUAUCCUAACUAUGCCAACUGUACAUGGGUGAUUGUGGCGGCGGAGCACAACCGGAUACAGCUGGUUUUUCAAGGCUUCGCCCUAGAGGAGGACUUUGACAUCUUGUCGGUUUAUGAUGGGCCACCCAGCCCUGGGAACCUGCGCACAAGGUUAACAGGGUUCCAGCUGCCUUCACCCAUUGUGAGUACAGGCUCUAGGCUCACACUGUGGCUACUGUCUGACUAUGCGGUCAGCGGGCAGGGAUUUAAAGCUGUCUAUGAAGCUUUGCCCAGCUAUACUUGUGGUAAUCCGGGACAGCUGCUCAACGGCCAUCAGCAGGGGUCCACGUUCAACAUAGGCGACAAAAUCCGCUACAGCUGCAGUCCAGGCUAUGUGCUGGAAGGUCACACCACCUUAUCCUGCCUUGCCACCUCGGCGGGUACCGCUGCCUGGGACUUCCCCCUGCCCUACUGCAGAGCGGAUGAUGGGUGUGGUGGGACUCUACGGGGCCAGAGCGGGGUUAUUACCACCCCCAAUUACCCUGCCGAGUACAACAAUAACGCCGACUGCACAUGGACCGUGCUCGCCGAGCCAGGAGACACCAUUGCCCUGGUUUUCUCUGACUUUCAGCUGGAGGAUGAUUAUGACCUGCUGGAGGUCAGCGGCACAGAAGGCUCUUCACAGUGGUGA